AUGUUUACAACUCGACGUGGAUUACUUGCACCACAAAAUACAUUUCUUGAUACAAUUAUACGAAAAUGUGAUGGACAAAAUUCCUGUUUUCUGCUCACUAAUGCACGUAUAUUAGACUUUCCGAUUGUAUAUGUUAGUAAUGGAUUUACAAAUCUCACUGAAUUUGGUCGUAUUGAAGUAAUGCAAAAACCUGGUCUAUGUCCAUUUCUUCACGGACCACAAACAGAUAAGUCAAUUAUAACGACACUAGAAAAUGCAUUUAAAGAACAAAAAUCCGAACAUGUUGAAGUAAUUUUAUACAAAAAGAAUUUGACUCCAUUAUGCAUUUUGGUUGAAAUAAUUCCAAUUCGUAAUGACGAAGAUUUGGUGGUGUUAUUUCUAAUUACAUUCAGAGAUUUAACGGCAUUUCGUCAACCAUUGAAAGAAGAAUCUGCUCAAACAUCAGCAUUAGGAGCAUUUGCAGCUGCAAGUGAUGCCGGAAGUAGUUGGGGAAAAUUUGCACGUCUUGUAUUUGCUAUGGUAAGACAGAAAGCUGAAGAUUCAAUUACAGGUAAUCCAGAACAAAUAGAUUCUCCACAAUUAAAUAUUGAGAAUGAAACAAUUCAAUGUGUUCAAUCAAAAUCCACUGAAAAGCAACAACAUCAACAAUUCUUUGGAUCUGAUAAAAAUGUAAACAACACAAAUGAGUUCACCACUAAUAAUAACAAUAAUAAUAAUAGUAAUAGUAAUAGUAAUACAAACGAUGAAAUUGAAUUGAUUAUUCCAUUAACACAACGGAAUCAACGUAAAUCAACUAAAUCUUGUCAUCAUUUUUCAACAUCAGAUAAUAUUAAUAAUUUACCAUCAAAUAUAAUUAGUAGUAGUUAUGUGAAAUCAUUAAAUAAAUUAGAAACUGGUGAAUUAAAUUUAUAUAAUUUAGAAAUUAAAUCAAAAAAGCAUAAAUAUAAUAUAUUUAAAAAAAGAAUAAAUAAACAAUCGAACAAUACCAUAUUGAAUUCAAAGAAGCUUGGAAAUAUCAAAGGUACAAAUAUAAAUGGGGAUGUAGAUGAUCUUUUUAGUAAUCAAUGGUCAGCUCCUGAAUCAGUUCCACGUUAUCGUCCAGAACCACCAUGUCCACCUAAACAUGUACUUUUACAUUAUUCAGUAUUUCGAAUUGUAUGGGAUUGGACAAUCUUAUUGCUCACUGGUUACACAGCUAUCAUUGUACCAUUAAGAGUUGCAGUUAUUCCUCGACCAGCAUGGAUUCCUUCCUCUGAAUCUUUAACUGUACGGACAAAUAAUCAAAAAGAAUGGAUCCAUCCAACAACAUUAGAGCUGUUAACUAUAAUGGAUGCGAUCAUUGAUAUUAUUUUCGGUGUAGAUAUUGUAUUGAAUUUUCAUACAUCUUUUGUUGGAGCCGGUGGUGAGGUGGUUGCUGAUCCUCCAGUUAUUCGAAUGAAUUAUUUGAGCGGUUGGUUUACAUUAGAUUUAUUGGCUUGUCUUCCAUAUGAGAUUUUAAAAUAUUGUUGGCCUGUAGAUAACACUGAAGUUUAUUAUCUGAUGGAUGCAUUACGUAUAAUUCGAUUAUUACGUAUAGGACGUGCAGCUAGACGAAUUGAUCAAUAUUUAGAAUAUGUAUCCACUUUAUUAUUAUUAAUGAUUUUAUGCUUUUUUCUAUUAGCACAUUGGUUUGCUUGUGCAUGGUAUGCUGUUGGUAUAUUUGAUAUAGAAAAUAAAAUUUAUUAUGGUUGGAUACCAAGAAUUUAUAAUGAUUCAUUAAAACCACAAAAUUGGGAAGAAUUUACAUUAUAUGAUAAUAGUUUAACAGUAUCAAUGUUAAAUUUAAAUAAAACACAAUUAUUAAGUCAACAUAUUACAAAUGUACAUAAUUCAUUAAUGAAUUUUGCAUUAAUUAAUACUAAUUCACAAUCAAUACCAUCUACACCUAGAACAUCCUCAUCCUCAGCAACAACAUCAUUAUCAUCAUCAAUGAAAUCGAAAAAUCAAUUUUAUCAAUCAAUCAAUAUUACCAAUUGUUCAAUCAAUAAAAUUUGUGUAAAUAAAACAUUACAAAAUGAUACACUGAUAACUAUAAAUUUAGAUCAACAAGAAUAUAAACAAAAUAAUAAUAUUUAUCAUCAUAUAUCAACAUUAAAUUUACCAUUACAAAAUUCUAGAGAAAAAUGGACUGCUUAUAUAACAGCAUUAUAUUUUAGUUUAUCAUUACUUACUACAAUUGGAUUUGGGAAUGUAGCAGCUUUUACAGAAAGUGAAAAAUUAUUAUCCAUAUGUUGUAUGCUUAUAGGUGCUUUAGUUUAUGCUACUAUAUUCGGAAAUGUAACAACUAUUGUUCAACAAAUGUAUGCAACACGUACAAGAUAUAAUGAAAUGAUGAAAGGGGUUAAAGAUUUCUUAAAAAUUCAUGAAGUUCCAAGAGAGUUAGGUGAACGUGUUAUUGAUUAUAUUACAUCAUCUUGGUCGGUAACCAAAGGAAUUGAUACAGUGAAAGUAUUAAACUAUUGUCCAAAAGAUAUGCAAGCAGAUAUUUCUGUUCAUUUAAAUCGUUGUGUAUUCAAUAGUCAUGCUGCAUUUCGUUUAGCAAGUGAUGGUUGUCGACGUUCAUUAGCUGUUAACUUUCAAACAUUGCAUACAGCACCAGGUGAUUUAAUCUGUCAUCAAGGUGAAAGCGUUGAUCAAUUAUGUUUUAUAGCAAGUGGUACUUUAGAAGUAUUGCAAGAUGAUGAAGUGAUAGCGAUACUCGGGAAAGGUGAUGUUUUUGGUGACCCAUUAUGGAAGAAUACAGUGUCAGUACCGGCAGCAGCUAGCGUUCGAGCGCUGACUUAUUGUACGUUGCAUACAAUAAGAUUGGAUCGUCUACGAGUUGUUUUAAACUUCUAUCAUGCAUUCGCAAAUAGUUUUACAAGAAAUUUAGAGUUAACUUACAAUUUAUGCAAUAGAGUGAUAUUUCGAAAGUUGUCUGACGUAAGACGUGAAAUGGAACUUUCAAUGAGAAGAAAUAAAGAACCACCACUGAGUUCAUUGCCAGCAAAUCAUCCAGUGAGAAAAUUAAUCUCUAGAUUUCGUCGAUCAAGUCAAGUUGGAGAUUUAUCUUCAAGGCAGUAUUUAGGUACAAUAGUUUCAUAUAAUACAUCAUUAGAUGGUUCAGAAUUUGAAAAUUCAAGUAUUUCUGAUGUGUUGGUCAACAGCACUGCUGAAAAACCAGGCUCCGUUUGUAAAUCUCCACUCCCAAGCAAUGAUACUCACAUAUAUCAAAGUAAUGAUCCUAAAAUUACAACUCCGAUAUCGAGUCCUGUUAAAAUAACUCCUAAGAAUUCUGUUGAUUCACAACUACAAUCGGAACCUCCUGUUGUUGUUACAGCCAAUUCAUUGAAGGGUCAAAAUCCUGCUAGAAAAUGGGCCCGUCUUAUUUCUAAAGCAACACAACCACCAUUACACAAUUUAAAUGAAGAAGCAAAUGAAGAUUCAAACCGUUUACCGCCAACACAAGUAAAAAAUUUGUCAAAAAUUCAGCUACCAACAAAAUCUUUAGAUGAUCAAAACUUUACAUCUACACCAGUUACCACAGUUGUACCACUAACUACGGAUCCAAAUCCCAUAAUCGUUUCGACACAAACACUGAUAUCAUAUACAACAUCAUUAAAUACAAUAACAACAAUGUCUGCAAUGAAUUCUACUAAUCUGACACCAAAUAUACCAUGUCACGAUUUGCAUAGAAUUGAAUUAAACAUUGAGAAGUGUUUCGAUAAUUUUCAUAUAAAACUUAGUCAACAAAUAAAUGAAAUUGUUAAACGAUUAGAUAAUUUAGAAGGACAAAUUGUUGAAUUACGAAAUACUUUCCCAAAUCCUAUUAAUACAAGUAUAACUGAGCCAAAAAUUGAUCAUUUACAAUCGAAUACUGCCAUAUCAACUACUACCAAUAAUAAUAAUAGUAAUAAUAAUGUUAAUAAUAACGAUAGUACUGCAAAUAAUCAUUUCCCAAAGAUCUGUAUCAAAUAAAAACCAUGUUCAGCCAAAAUGAUAUCAUCAUUCUAUUGAACUUUGAAACUUCACUAUUCAUAAAUCAUAAUCGUUCAGUUGUCUUAAGCCAAAUUAAAUCUCAUGUUGUUUGCUUUUUAUUAUUAUUAUCGUCAGACAAAAAAAACUUUUCGAAUGUAUAAUUCAAUCAGUAUUAUGUGUAUACAGAAAUGAGAAAAAGUUAAUAUUUGUAAUAUUUUUAUUACACAAAACGAAAUUCAUGAAACAAACGAUGAAGAAUCGUUUCUUUGGAAACACCCAAUCAUAUUUAUGUAACAGUUUUUGUGUAUUGAAUAAUCAAAAGAAAAAAAAGAAAAAGAAAAGAAGCAUUUUACAAAGAUUCUGUUUACAAAAAAGGAUCUCUUUUCUUUCUUCUUCUUCUUCUUCUUUUGGUAUACAGUAUUUAAUCUUAACAAACUAUAUUCAAUAGAAAUCAUAGUAAACAAACUGAAUUACUUUAUUUUAAGAAAGUAUGAAUGAACUGGGUUAUUUUUCCUUUUUUUUGUGAAGAUUUUUCAUGGUGAAUUUUACAAGAAUCAUUUAAAUCUCAUGUAAUUAUUACUGUUUAUCAUUGUAUAAUAGAGUUAUGUAAUAACCAUGUAUGCAUAAAUUAUUUUCAUGUUGAUUCAAAUUAAUAAUGGAAAUGAUUAUAAAGUUAAAGAAAUUCUUCUUAAUUAAUGUUUAGUGGCCUGAAAUCUCACUUUUAUAGUAUCGUAUGAAUGUUUGUUAUUGAAGUACACAUGUUGUCAUUUAUUGUAUAUACUCAUCGUUUGCUGAUUGCUAUCGAAAUGUACAUGCUACCAAUCCUCAUAUGUAAUUAUCAAC